GGCCAUACUCGGGGAACGGGUGCUGAAGAGCCGUAGAUGCCAUUUUGAAGAAACCUUGAAGGCGCAAAUGGCUUUAGCUGGCUGCCCAGACUCCUUCUUGCACCAUCCUUACCGGAUAGACAGCGUAGAUCAGACAGCGCACAGUCGGCGGGAUCUAGUGGAACCAGGAUUCCAGGAGCAGUCAAGUCGCAUCUCCUUAAACCACCAAGAUGACGACGUGGACUUGGAAGCUUUAGUCAACGACAUGAACUCUUCGUUCGAAAGCCUGUACUCCGCCUACAGCAUGCAUUCGGAGAGCAAACCACUUCUGCAGAACGGCCAGCUGGGCCGCGGCCAGCCGCAGCCCGCCUCAGGAACAAACCCGCUUCAGCCUUUGUCUCCACAGCAGAAAGUGCACAGGUCUCAGCCAGUGCGCAUCAUGGCAGUCAGACGCCUCCAAGAAGAAGAGCAGCAGUUCAGAACCUCCUCUUUGCCUGCCAUACCAAACCCAUUUCCUGAGCUUUGUAGCCCUGCAAGCUCACCUGUGCUGGCACCUGGAUCUCUACCUCAGAGUCAACCUGCCGAUAAACAGGAUGUAAAAGUCUUUAGUGAAGAUGGGACAUGCAAAGUGGUCGAGAUCCUAGCGGAUAUGACAGCCAGGGACCUCUGCCAGUUGCUGGUUUACAAAAGCCAUUGUGUGGAUGAUAACAGCUGGACUCUAGUGGAGCACCACCCUCUUCUAGGAUUAGAGCGGUGCUUAGAGGAUCACGAACUUGUUGUUCAAGUUGAAUCCAUGAUGGGAAGUGAAAGUAAAUUUUUAUUCAGGAAGAAUUAUGCAAAAUAUGAAUUUUUUAAAAAUCCUGUGAACUUUUUUCCGGAGCAGAUGGUUGCUUGGUGUCAGCAGUCCAAUGGUUGUAUUCCACAGUCACAACUUUUGCAGAAUUUUUUAAACUCCAGUAGCUGUCCUGAAAUUCAGGGGUUCUUGCAUGUGAAAGAACUGGGGAGGAAGUCGUGGAAGAAGCUGUAUGUUUGUCUGAGGAGAUCUGGACUCUAUUGCUCUACGAAAGGAUCUUCAAAGGAACCAAGGCACCUGCAGCUGUUAGCUGACCUCGAAGACAGCAAUAUCUUCUCAUUGAUAGCCGGCAAGAAGAUGUACAGUGCUCCAACGGAUUAUGGGUUUUGCAUAAAGCCCAACAGAGUGAGGAACGAAACGAAAGAAUUGAGAUUGUUGUGCGCCGAGGAUGAGCAGAGCAGGACAUGCUGGAUGACCGCAUUUCGACUUCUCAAGUACGGGAUGUUGCUGUACCAGAACUACAGAAUUCCGCAACAAAGGAAAGCGAUGCUUCCACAUUUCACCACACCUGUCCGAAGUGUGUCUGAAAACUCGUUGGUGGCAAUGGAUUUUUCUGGACAAAUAGGAAGAGUUAUUGAAAACCCAGCAGAAGCACAGUGUGCUGCCUUGGAAGAAGGUUACACUUGGCGGAAACGCAGCACAAGAAUGAACGCCCUGGGUAGCCAAAGUCCUCUUCAUCCUUCCACACUGAGCACAGUUAUUCAUAGGACACAGCACUGGUUUCAUGGCAGGAUCUCCAGGGAAGAAUCACACCGGAUUAUUAAACAGCAGGGGCUUGUGGACGGGCUAUUUCUUCUCCGGGACAGCCAGAGCAAUCCAAAGACUUAUGUGCUUACACUGUGCCACCAUCAAAAGAUCAAGCAUUUCCAGAUUCUGCCGUGCGAAGAAGAUGGACAGAUGUUUUUCAGCCUGGACGACGGGAACACCAAAUUCACCGACCUAAUACAGCUCGUUGAGUUCUACCAACUCAACAGGGGGGUCCUGCCCUGUAAGCUCAAACACCACUGCAUCCGCGUAGCCUUAUGACCCCCGUUCCUCUCUCACACCGGUUUUGCUCAGAAAAGACUGGACUUGGUAGAGAAAUCUUGUCAAAGGAAGUUGACACUGGGAAAUCGGCAGCCUCGUAGGCUGGCUUGAAAAGAAUGCAAACGUUAUGCACCUUGGGGACUUGGAACAGGGAUGGAUCGAAUGGAUGCCAGCAGACCAGUCUUAGCUGGUUUGUAUAACACCUGAGAGCAAUCGCUGGGUGUCCCAGUAACCCCCGCCCACCCCCCGAAAUUGGGAAAGGGUAUGUAAAAUCACUAAAAAAAAAAAAAAUUGAAACAUAACUGGAAACUGUCCCUUGGCUGGUGCACUUAACAGAAUCAAGUUUGUGAAGCAAAACUAUUGAAAAGAACUCUUGCCCUGGAAUAAUCUUGACAAUUAAGACUUGGUGUGUUUACUUUUUUGUAUUGAUCACUUCUCUUGUGGGUUUGUUUUCUUUGCACUCCUUUUUUUUUGUGUUUUUGGAUAUUGCCUACAACCCUAUCUUAGGAGCUUGUUUUGCAUAGGGUUCUAAUCUAAACCCUCUUAAGGCAUGAGGUGCUUCAUCCUAACAGAGGUCUAGAGGACAGAAAUCUUUCUCACUUCUGCAGUGACCAGAGACUUGGUCAUGUAUUGAUGACCUUGAGGAAUCCCUACGGACACAGCUCUGAAAAAGAUUGCCACGUGUACUCGUUUGAGUAUCAGCAGUUCAAAAGGAUGGCGCUAUGCACAUGUCGUAUAUUAGGGAUACCCAGUCGUGCAAAAGGCUCUUGAUUUCUAUGCACAAAUAUUCUUGGCCUGGCCUGUUAGUCUCCCCCCACCCUUACCCCUCUUGGGAAAAUCCACUUUCAAUAGCUAUAACACAGCUGAGUGACUGUGCGUGGUGUUGGGGAAGAAGCACUUCGUUUGUUGGUUUACCUAGUAUGACAUGGAUUCAGUGUUUCUUUUGAGCAUUAUGUUUCCUUGGAUUCUCAGAGCACCUGUGUAGGCCUGACAAUGUCAUUGUACCAAACCACGAUUUACAAAUAAGCUUCUAACCGUGGUUGCAGAUGGUGUUUUGGUGCUACCUAUGGUCAGUUAGGGUGGCAGUAUGGAUGUAAAAGUCUCCUAGCUGUGGAUGCUAUUUUUGUCUGCUCAUCACAGAAUUAUCUUUCCAGCCGGUAUUGGUAAUGUAACCAUUGCAUCCAGUCAAAUCAAUUUAGGAAACAGCAUCGCCCCUUCAUUUGUCCUGUAGGAUCUCCAAAAUUUAUGCUGGGUUGGAUCCAGCUGACGUUUUUCACCCAACCUCACCUAAUUUCCCUCCUGACCAAUGCCUCCAUCCUACAUAGGUUUUUGUCCAGGUGGGUCCCAUGAUUUCCCAACAUUCUGCAACAGUGGAACAGCUGGGUGGAUCCAGCCAGCGUGUAUCGAACCAUGGGCAUGAUCCGUCAGGCGCAGCUGAACAGCCUCCCCUCAUUCCAUUCCACCUUCAGAGACUCCUACACAAGUGUCACUAGGAAGGUCAGAGGACGGUGCGCUCGCCUGAUGUUUUCUGACCUUUUAUUCAGAAACCAGCUGCGAAACCUCUGCUUGCAGUUGCCGAAUUUUUCAUUUGACAGUUUGGAUCACGAAUGCUUAAGGAUAUAGGCACCAAUUUUUAUGUUGGUGAUGACCCGGGACUAGUUUGCUGCAGAUACUGGCAUAAUACAUGUACAUGCACCAGUCUCUGUAGCAAAUGAGCCCUGGAUCAUCACCCACAGAAGGUCUUGUUCAGGCACUCUAGAAAACCUUCCAUGCUGACCAUUCUCAUGGGCGUGACCGCACAGAGGGAAAUAACACUUUGCCCAGCUUUGACCAUGUUGACAGGCAAGAGUUCCCUGGCCCUGGAGUGGAUCCAGACUAACAUUUGCACCAGCAGAACAGGUCUUUCCUGUCUGUUCCUUCUUACUACAGCCCACUGUUCUCCACAAAAUGCUGCUGGGAAUGGGGGGACGACGACUCUGCGGAGUAGCAGGAGAGACAGGGCUAUUUUGGGGCAGGAACGCACAGGAACGGAGUUCGUGCUGGCUCCCAAGUUGGC